GGUCCAAGUGUGCGCUGGCUGCUUUGGCGGUAGAGAGAAAAUUGAAUCUCGCCGUUGUCCCGCAGUUGGCUCGUCGCCAUCUUGGCAGGCUGUGGAAGUUUGUUGCUCCUUCAUCGGUCGCGUCCUCUCCCCCCGUUACGGCACUGCAAAACAUCCGCUGAAUGCGGUACGAAGGCAAGGACGGUGGUACGUGCGUGCCGGAGCCGGAUCCACGGUACGGUGGCCGCUUUCCGUGGCCGUUCACGUGGACGUCGGGCGUCCGGCAGCCGCCCCUGAACCCGGGCGACAUGGCGAACCUGCACGAGCGCAUCAACCACCUGCGGCCGGUCUGGUUCGAAGGGUUCCAGCUGAACGUGACGAAGGGCUGCGGCGUGAACCGGACGCUGGGCGCGAGCUGGAACCUUAGCCACGUGACGCCGAGCGGCUUCCGGUUCGGUGGACACUUCCAGCGCCGAUGCAGCGAUAGCGUGCUGACCACACCACUUGUAGCGUUCGAUGUGAAUCCGACGACGCUCUGCACGAACCUGCUGCUGCUGUACCGGCCGGUCCGGUCGGUUGGACUCGAGCUAGCCCUGCAGCUUCGGCCGGGCGCGAAACCGUACGUGGACGAGGUGUCGCUGCAGUACACCGGGGCGAGCCGGACGUCCACCGUACGGUGCAGUACGCCCGACACCACGCUCGACUCGUACCGGGUCAGCCUGGAUCAUCUGGUGAGCGUCAACGAUCGGCUCUGCUUCGGGGUGGAGCUGCUGUGCGAAUGCUACCGGGGCGCUCAGCACACGAACGUGGCCUUUGCCGGACGUUACAACCGGGAAACGUCCACGCUGGCCGCAACCGUCUCGCCCGAAGCGUUCGAUUUGAGCUACUGGCAAAAAGUGUCCGGCACGCUGCAGAUGGGCUCGUCCAUGAUAGUGAACCAGCGGCAGAACCGGGCGCUCGGCACCGUCUGCUAUCGGCUCGAGCACGAGGACACGGUGAUCCGCGGUUCGUUCGACUCUGAUUGGACCGUCGGCUUCACGUACGGCAGAAAGCUUACGCCGGCCGCAUUCACCGCCCGGUUGAGUUUGUUGUUUUGCGUGCCGAAAAACACGUUCCAGUGUGGAUUUCGGAUUGAUUUGGAUUCUAAUUUGCUGUGAGUCUGCGGGACCGCUGUGCGGCGCCGACCGGUGCACGCCAUCACCCGGAUCCGCUUGAUUUCGCGCAGGCAGCUACAGCGGUUUGGCGGGGCUUUUGCGUGCGACCUCAAUACGCGCGCGCGCGCGCGAUCGAUACGAACCGCAGAAUGGGAAAGCGAAUCAACCUAAAAAACGGAAAAAGGAACACAUGUGCUCAGAACAGUUGUGGGUUUCAGGUGACGGAUUGGCGCGGGGUAAGGAUUAAAUGACACUCUACACGGGACGGCACUGCGCAUUCACACACACUCGCUCUUCACACCUUGAAAAGGGACCGCAACCGAGCGGACUGGACGAGUGUGUAUGCCUGUGGACCAAAUUAGUCCGAUAGCUCAUCCGAUUCGAAACCGCGUCCCGUUCCCGUCCGGUGUGGUUUUUGUUUGUACGUGUGUGUGUACGGAGACCGAGCUGUCCUGAAGCUGCCCUUAUUACCCACUGUGCAUUUAUGUAUUUGAAUGAUUCUGUGGAGAUCGAUCGCAAAUGCAGCUGACCGAUAGUGCGGGGACAUUGCA